AGCCCCACUGCAGCGGAUGUAGCAGCAGUCUACAGUACAUCGGCAACCAUGUAGCGCUGAGAGCAAAAAUAUAUCUUCCCCCGCCUAGCUAAAGAAUCAUGUACUCAUAUUCAUUCAUGUCGUCAUAAAGUUAUAGUGUGUCAAAAUUUGUUAUUGAAGAUAACUGGACGCUCAGACCGAAAUUGCAAGUCGAGUGAGUCGAGUGUGAAACCGAAGCCUGUUAGAGGCUAUCUGCUCUCGCCUGGACGUUUGGAAGGGGACGUUGGGCUACUCUUCUAAACGUACUAACCUAGCUACCUUGGUGUAUUAUCAUCCUUUUAAAUGACUGCACUUGUUUUGCUAGCUAAGUGUAGUGUAGGCUAGACUCGGGGGAAGGGCGUGUAACGGAUACCGGGGCUUUUAGUUUGCACCAGGUCUGGCAAUCCGCGUUACCGCCCCGUUUUUUCUCUUGUAGUAAAGCUAACAGCACGGCCAGGAGAAGGCUGAAGAUACAGUUUUGGGGUUUGGACUAUAACCAAAACCUGCAUACAACAUGGGGAAUACAACGUCCUGCUGCGUGUCCUCGAGCCCGAAACAUCGCAGGAGCAACCACUCCAGGCUCGAGUCCUACCGGCCGGAGCCGGAGCUCAGCCGGGAGGACACGGGCUGCAACCUCCAGCACAUCAGCGACAGAGAAAAUUUAGACGAUCUGCCCAUGGAGUACAACCCCUCCGAUCAUCCCCGGGCCAGCACCAUCUUCCUCAGCAAGUCACAGACUGACGUUGCUGUGCCCAACAAGAGAGUUCGGGAAAAACGGAAGAGCCUUUACAUCAACCAUUUCACACACAUUUCGGAGAACAAGCAUCAUCCAGGCCCGGUGAGACGGAAGUACAGCUCAUGUUCCACCAUCUUCCUUGAUGACAGCACUGUCAGUCAGCCUAACCUCAAAUACACCAUCAAAUGUGUCGCCCUUGCAAUAUACUACCACAUAAAGAACAGAGAUGUCAACGGAAGAAUGUUGUUAGACAUUUUUGAUGAGAAACUGCACCCGCUCACGAAGUCUGAAAUUCCUCCUGAUUAUGACAAACACGACCCUGAGCAGAAGCAGAUCUAUCGCUUUGUCAGGACGCUGUUCAGCGCCGCACAGCUCACUUCUGAGUGUGCCAUUGUCACGUUGGUGUAUUUGGAGAGGCUCCUGACCUAUGCUGAGAUCGACAUUUCCCCUGCCAACUGGAAGCGUAUCGUGCUGGGAGCCAUCCUCCUGGCAUCUAAGGUGUGGGACGACCAGGCGGUCUGGAACGUCGACUACUGCCAGAUUCUCAAGGAUAUCACUGUGGAGGACAUGAAUGAGCUGGAGCGUCAGUUUCUGGAGCUGCUGCAGUUCAACAUCAACGUGCCGUCCAGUGUCUACGCCAAGUAUUACUUUGACCUGCGCUCCAUGGCUGAGGCCAACAACCUUAGCUUCCCUUUGGAACCCCUCAGCAGGGAGAAGGCCCAGAAACUAGAGGCCAUCUCACGGUUGUGUGAUGACAUAUACAAGGACUUGAGGAAACAAGCCAAGAAGCGGUCAGUGAGCGCAGACAACCUGACGGUGGUGCGGUGGUGUCCAGCCAUCAUUUCCUAACACUAGCCGCCUGUAGCACGGAGAUAGACCUGUCAGACAUACUGUACUGUAUUUCUGCCUGGCAAGCAGGCAAACCAGGUGGGCAGCACUCCUGUGGAUCAGUACACUCACACUCACACACACACACACACACACACACACACACACACACACACACACACACACACACACACACACACACACACACACACACACACACACUCACACACACAAUGCGGCACUUUUACAAGUGUGAUUGCACCCUCUCUGGUUGUUGUACAUACAAUAAGUCCCACUGGCUGCCUGCAUUGAACCAAACAGAGCUGAGCUGAACCAAACUGAAGUGUGUGUGAGUGAAUGUUGUUGAAAUAAAGUCCUGGACUGCAGAAGAAGAGGCCAAACAGAAAUACAGCUGGCAAUAUAUGAGAGACUGUGCAAAGUUGGGAAAAAGAAAUAGGAACAAGCUUAAUGCGAAAAACAACAGACGGCAGCGACAACAGCGUUCCAUAAUCCUCAGAGGCUCCACUCGCUCGUACGGUUGAUUGAGGGAGGCCGUGUACAUUCCUUUCAUUUUAAUCUUCUGGUUCAGUCACUUCCUUAGCUGAAGCAUGAGAUGAUUUUUUUUUUUUUGACAGCUUACAGGCACAUUUAAAAUGUAAAAAUUCCUUGUUUUGUCGGCGUUUUAUCCGUUCUUUUGCAUUCCCAUCCGGCAGAAACCUCUGCGAGCGAGUCCAAGCAUACACAAAGCAGAGACACAUGAGUACAUUCCGCUGUUACCUUGAGUGUACAGUUGAUACAUUUUGACUGGACCACAUAUCAUCGUAUUCAUUUACAUUGUAGCCAUGUAGUUAAAGUUCUCAGUCAGAGAGCUAACACUGAAAAAUCAAGUCAGUGUUUAGCUCAGGGGCGCUUUGAAAGGACCUGGGAGUUCAACUGUUACAGUUACAGUUUCUCUUACAGCACGGCCGGCCAGCCACCAUUCAGAUACAGCUAUUCCCUUAAAGCAAUAUCCAUGCAUUGCUUUGUUGUUGUAAUUCAAUACGAUGAAGCAUGCAUACUUGGGAGAUGACAGACUGGAAGACAGUGGUUCACUCCUCUCGGUCAGAUGUGAGACAUAACUGUAGAGCUCAUGUUGUACUUAAUUCACUGCCAUUGUCCUGACCUAUGGUGCCUGUAAUAAGCUAGUUUAACACCUCUCCCCUUUCUACCGGAGGAAUGGAACAAAUAACUGAAGUAUUUUUCUUAUUCUUUAACAUUUUGUGUGGUUUUUCCAGCUUACAAAUAGACAGCACAAAUGAAAUAUUGACAUUCAGGAGCCACGUUACGACACAUGAUUUUUCAGGGUUGUUUUGUGUUGUUCUGGAGAGGACCCAAAUGAAUGAAAAAGCAUUACAUGACGAUUCAAACACCACUUACAAAAAGAUAUGUUGUAUACAUUUUGCGAAAUUGUCUCUGUACAGUGUAAAUACCAAUGCCGGUGUGCAAAAUCUGUAGACUGAGGUCGUACUGUUAAAAAAAACAAAAAACGAAUGAUGUUAGAAUAUGUAUAUCGGAUCAGUUUUUACUGUACACAAGGGGGAUGGUUCAAAUGUUGGAUUCUUUGUUCCUAUGACAAAUCAAGUAAAGACAAAGGUGAUGUAUUAAGAUUUAAAUGGGAGACACCACUUUUUUUCUGUUUUCUUGUUACAAUGUUUUUACUCUGCAGAAAAUGCCAAGUUAUGUGUUAUACAUACUGUAUAUCCUAUAUAGAUAAUAGAAGACAAUUCAGGCUUC